CCGUUACGUCUUUUCACUCUCUGCAAAUCGGAUCCGCCACUACAAAUUCAUCAUCAUCCUCGUCUUCUUCUUCUCUUCAAAUAUUAGGCUUUGAAAAGUUUCAACAUCAAAUUUAGAUCUUUCCCAAUUAAUCCGGUCUAUUGCCAUGUCUUCCUCGAAGAAGGGUUCCGAUCGGAAUCAAAUCAGGAAGUCGUUGAGGAAGUUAAAAAAGCAGAUUGGGGAAUUGGAGAAACUUGAAUCUCCGGAUCGGUUGAAUAAUGUGAAGCCUAUCUUCAUCAAGCGCAAUAUAUACUUGAAGAAGAAACUCAAGAAGAAAGUUAAGGAUCAUGGCAUAUUCUGUUCUUGCUCCUUGGAUCCUGGUUCUUCAACUCUUUGUGGCAGCGAUUGCAAUUGUGGGAUUCUACUCUCAAGCUGUUCGUCUAGUUGCAAAUGCAGUAGUGAAUGCACCAACAAGCCGUUCCAACAACGACAUAUCAAGAAGAUGAAGUUAGUUCAGACAGAGAAAUGUGGAUAUGGGAUUGUAGCAGAUGAAGAUAUCAACUCAGGAGAGUUUAUCAUUGAAUAUGUGGGAGAAGUUAUUGACGACAAGAUUUGUGAAGAAAGGCUUUGGAAGCUGAAUCAUAAGGUCGAGACAAAUUUCUAUUUGUGUCAGAUAAACUGGAACAUGGUGAUUGAUGCUACUCACAAGGGUAAUAAAUCAAGAUACAUCAAUCACAGCUGCAGUCCUAACACAGAGAUGCAGAAAUGGAUAAUUGAUGGCGAGACAAGAAUCGGCAUUUUUGCUACCCGUUUCAUAAACAAAGGCGAGCAGUUGACUUACGAUUACCAGUUUGUUCAGUUUGGUGCAGAUCAAGAUUGCUACUGUGGUGCAGUGUGUUGCAGAAAAAAGCUAGGUGCAAAACCUUGCAAAACUAAGAACACAACCUUAGAAGAAGCUGUGAAGCCAGUGGCAUGUAAAGUGACCUGGAAAACGCCCAAGGGAAAAACUCGAGGGAGACGCAUUGCUGGUUAGUAUUAAUUAUUUGGCUCGAUUAUCGACAAGCUUCUCAAUUCAGAGGUAAGAGAAACCAAUUUGGAUGCGUCAGGACAAGCUUGGAACAAUCAUAGCCAGAGGAAAAUAUGUUGCCGGGACUGCAUUGGUGCGGUGAUCUGGUUAGCACGUCCCAUGAACCAAAAGUGUUUUGGAAUCAUUACACAAUAUGAUGAGUUUUAAAUAAGCACUUGGUCAUGUAUGAGGAUGGUGUUACCGAGAUCAUCGACAUGUGCAGAGAAGUUUGGAAGGUUGUAACUGCUUGAUAUUGUGACUGUUCCAAGUCUGAUUUCAUUCCCUUACAUAGGAUUACACUUGAAUUGUCAAGAAAUUUUGUAACCAACCAAACCGUGUCGGUUGGCAAAUAGGUUUAGACUUUGUUGUUGUAUGUAUCCAACUUGAAUCAGUAGUUCAGUAGUACAUUACACUGUAUGUGGAAUCUUUGGACCAAAUAAAGAAAAGU